AGCGGAAUGAUGUCUACCUUACAUUCCAUAGUGUCUCACGCUUCCACCGCAGCAAGUGAAGAGAAGAAAGGAAAAGGGCAAAAACAAAGGCCUGACAAAAUCUGAAAAAGAGGACUCCUUCGUUCUCGAAUAUUGUGGAAGAUGUCAUUUGCGGCAGAAAGGGAGAAGGGAAAUAAAGCUGGUGGGUUGAGCUGGGCAUUGAGUGCUUUUGAUUUUGAUGGAGUUGAAUGGAGACCUGCAGGGUCUCAUUGAGAGGGCUUGGGCACUGAAAGACACCAUUGAUGGUGAAAUCAACAACAGUUUCUGGUAUUGCAACUUCUGCUCGCGACAUGGUCAUAACUGUGACAUUGCGGGGACAGCAUAUAAGGAGAGAGAGAGGCUCUCUGCCAUAAGAGAUUCAUUGAAGGAUGUGGAGUCCAUGCUCAUAUACUUACAGAGGCUGCGGAGCUGGCAGCACUUAGAUAGACAUGCGGCGCUUGCUCGGUUGGAAGAUAGCAGAUCCGUCCUCAUUGAAAAUGUGAGCCAAUAUCAAGGAAGGCCUCUCGAUGUGGUGCGAGAAUUAAAUGCAUGUUUCGGCAAUGGAAAAAUGGUGUUCAACAAGAUAAAAUCAAGAGAUCAAAUGGCGAAAAGAAGCAAUGAUCCGGCUGACCUUAAGCGUCAGAAAAGGCCGGGACUAGGCUUCAUGGUCUGUUGCUUGAAGAUACUGCUCAGUCCAUUGAAAUGGCACGAGGCCGUCGGCAUUGCUGUGAAACUAGCCGUUGUCUCCGCGAGCAUUUCGUCGACAGUGUCAUUCAUAAGUUGCAAGAAGCAGAAACGGAGUUCCAGGAAGGGAUUUGUGUCACUGACGGACCCAACAGAAGGGGGGAAAAGUGGCAGCUUGGUAGGCAUUUCGAAGAGGCCUCUACAUGUUUUAAGUGGCAGGGGAUAACUGCAUGGCUACUAAUCCAUUCAUUCAUCGAAUGCAUCAAGCUUAUAGUUUCUAUUUU